CAUAAUUUGAGUGUGGCUGUCAGGGAGAGUACACUAAAGUGCAGCUCUCUGACAGGAUAGACAAUAUGGCCUUUUAACAAAUAUUCUUUUAGUUUUUAUUUUAUUUUUGCAAAACGGAGCCUCCUUAAAGCUUGCUAUAUGCGUUUUGUGCGUUCAUUACGCUUCACACUCAUUCAGCAAAUUUACUAAUUUUGUCACUGCUAGCUUGCUAAUUGGUUUUCCUGCUUGUCUAACCUAGUUCAAGGAUAUUUUGGUUCUAAAUCUAAUCAUUAUAAUUCGAUUAAUUCAUUUGGAUUUAGUUUGUAAGGAUGGAUUUCGAAAUCGCUGAUAGCAAUGACAGCCCUAUCACUCGCUGUACCAGAAGGCCCGACAGAAUCCCUGGACUUUCCUCGUUGUCGAUGCCGGACAAGACCUCGCCGUGUAUCAAGAAGAAUCUCUUCUCUUCUGCACCACCAGGUGUAUUGUCUCCCGUUACUAAUUUGGCCCUAAACAUGGACAAUCUCGUUGGACUUGGAAGCCAACAAUGUGAUACUCCCAAAAGGAAACCAAAUAUUCCCCUUCUGAAGAUUCCCUCCUUCGCAUCCGACUGCUCUUCUGAUGCUGGUCUUGGUAUGGAUUCUCCCUCCCCCAUGGACACUAUGAAUGUUGAUGAAACGUUUGAGAAGGCCAUUCUUCUCUCUGGAAGACCUGUGAAUGAUAAAAUGCCACUCAGAAGAAUCAACUCUCUACCGCUGCAACUGCUUGGCUUCAGCCCUGUUCUGAUGAGCCUGGGCCCAGACGGCUAUGGGACGCAGCCCCAUUACGGGGCCUUUGAAUGCCGCAGCUCAGCCGAGGACACGGUCGCCUCUCUGGGGCUCGGUAACAAGGAGAACCAGGAGAACUUUGAGUUCAAGAAGCCCACCAAGCCAGUGUCUCGUUGCCGCAUGCGCUCCUUUCAUACCAAGGGACGCGGGUGGGACAUUAAGGACUUUGCCCGCCGGCCAAACUCUGCCCCUGCACUCAUGCUGUCCCCACCUCCAUCCCAGUUCCUCAGCUCAUUGGACGACAGCCCCGAGCUCCUGCGUCGCUCCUCCCUCACCAGUUCCCUUAACGACGACGAUGACGACGGCUUCCUGGACGUCCUGGACGACUGUGCGAUUGAGUGUGACGUGCCCAUGGGGAUGGCCAGCCUGCUGACCGCUCCACUGGUUGGGGACAAGGCAGCUGGGCCGGACAGCUCGGAGGGUCGCUGUCGGCCGCGGGGUUUGUUCCGCUCCCCCUCCAUGCCCAUCCAUACGGGCCGUGCUCCUUUGAAGCGCCCAGAGUGCCCCCGGGACGAGAACACGCCAGUUCGGGUGAAGAGGCGCCGAAGCCUUGCCGGCACUCAGGUCACCACGGACCAGGAGGACUGUUCUCCCAGCAAGAUGGCCAGUUCAGAGCGCCACCUGCAGCGCUCCAAGUCCUUCUGCAACCCGUCUGAGAUUGAGAAGCUGCUUGACACCAGCCACGUGGGCCAAGAACAGGACCUGAUAGGGGACUUCACCAAAUGCUUCGUCCUACCCACCGUAGAGGGCAAACACCAGGACCUCAAAUACAUCACUCCUGAGAUGAUGGUCUCGGCUCUCAGCGGUCAGUUUGACCACCUGGUGGAGAGGGUCAUUGUCAUCGACUGCCGGUACCCGUACGAGUUUGAGGGGGGUCACAUCAAAGGAGCCCUCAACCUCCAUCAGGAGGAACAGUUGGAGGAGUACCUCCUCCGCACUCCCAUCACCCCCCUCUCCCCUGACCGCAGGAUCCUCCUGGUCUUCCACUGCGAGUUCUCCUCUGAGCGGGGUCCCCGGAUGUGUCGCUUUGUACGGGAGAAGGACCGGACAAUGAACGAGUAUCCUAAACUACAUUACCCAGAACUCUACAUCCUCAGGGGCGGUUACAAGGAGUUCUUCCCCCACUUCCAGAUGCAGUGUGAACCCCAAGCGUACCGACCCAUGCAUCACGAGGACUUCAAGGAUGACCUGAGGAGGUUCCGGCUGAAGAGCCGGACGUGGGCCGGGGAGCGGAGCAAGAGAGACCUGUACAGCCGCCUGAAGAAGCUUUAACCCCCUGCCCCUGUACACUGCCUCUCCUGCACCCCCCUCCCCAUCACAGACCUGGGUUAACAAGCAAUCAAAACAUUUUAAUUGGUCUCAUUCUGGAGGAUCCCUCCCGGUUUUGUUCUGUUAGACAAAAGGUAUUCCGCCUAUUACCACUAGACCCCCCCCCCCCCCCCAUGUCUACACACCAUCUGGGAACUGGGGUGCUGAUCUGGAUCUGCUUUGUCCUCCAUCAGCACCCUGAUGUAGAUGCUCUGUUGAUGUGGACCCCCUCCACCCAUUACAACCCCACAGGCAUCCACUCUCCAGGGGCCACUUAAAAGGGUUUCGAUCUGGAUUUUCGCUCUCUGAUUUUUCUGUUUUGUUCAGCCUGUCUAUGUAUUACAUCCUAUCAGAGGGGUGAAUUCUAGGUAAAUACCUUUUUAGUGUCUAGACCGUACUUCUGUUGCGGUCUAGACAGUUUUUUUCGGUGGGGGGGGGCAUCCCAGCCUGUUUAGGAUCAGAGGGCGACUGGAGAUGUGGAGAGCUCACUGCUUCACUGGAACGAUUCCAUUUCCAGUGAUGUCCUGCUCGUGAAGGGUCAUUUAAAACCACUUGAUGUGGACCAAGCUGUGCUUGACCACUGGGUUCAGUAGAACACUGCCAGGGCUGUAUCGUGUCCAUGUCCUAUUGGAGUCCUGUGUGUCAGCACCAUGUUAUGCACUUAACUUAAUACCUUUUUGUUUUUCUGUAGAUGGCAGUGUUGCUUUUCUUUUCCUAUAUAGUUUGCUUUUGGUUUUUAAUUCUGUGUUUUUGUUUUAGAAGUUGAGUUUUGUUGCAAGCCUCUCCCUAGGACACAAAUGCCUGUGAGAACCACGGCACAUGCCUAGUUGUACAGUUUGAUGCUUUUGUGAGUCAGGAUGAUUAAUAUGUAUACAGUUUGUAGAGGUUGUCAUAUUGAUAAUCAAAUAUUGUUUUUGAUCGCCUGCAUUUGAUCCGGCGGUCUUCCAUCCCUGUGUUCAUUGUGACACGUCCCAGUGCUGCUGGUCAGCUAGUUGUCUGUGGGAUGUUCCCAAUAGAACCCUGUUUGCUACUUUGUGCCCUACUUUUGACGAGUGUCUCAUGCGCCCUGGUCUGAAGUAGUGCGCGGGGAAAGUGAAUGGGGGUGGCGAUAAUUUGGGAUGAAGUUCACCUCUGUCCUACUGUUUAACUGUUGUUUACUUGGUGUGUUAUGGAGGUGCUGUUUUGGUGUGAGCGGUGUCUUUGUACUGAAGGGGGAGUUGCUGAAAUAAAAAUCUCAAUGUAAUGCUG